AUGAUUGACUCCAAAUUCCAAUUCAAGUCCACACAGGAUCCAGAAAAGAUCAAAGAAUUGUUUAGCUUAUGUGGCACCCAAUGGGGAGGACCCUUAACCCCCGAGGAGUUUGGUACUUUACACGCCGAAACAUUAUUACAAUAUAGAAAAGAUGGUGGCAAGAUAAUUCCAUUCUACAUCGAGGAUUCCACGUCAAAAGUGGUGGUUGCUUGUACUAUAAUCAAAUUUUUAAAAGCCCUUUAUAAGCCCGCCGAUAAAUCAAGUUUGAUCUCGUCAACUCCAGAUCCAGCAUCAUUUGGUGUGAGAAAUAUCACAGCAAUAUUAGUCAGCUAUGUCUUUACUCACAAGGACUACAGAAAGCAAGGGUUGGCCGAGUCUUGUAUUUCACAAGCAAUUGCGGCUACCGAGGAUGAAAUUAUCAAGGAAAAGUUGGCUAGUAGCAAUGACGCCGAUAUUGACAAUUUCAAGAAAAUGACGCUUGACGAUUACACGGGGCAAAUCGAUAAGAGUUUGGCCACUUACUACCUUGGUAAAGAGUAUAUCUGGAUCUUGUACUCCGGCGUGAACACGUACUAUAGACGGUUUGGCUUCAAAAGCUACCCAUUGGAUUUCUACCAAAUACCUGUGCCAAUAUUGACCGAGGGUCAAGAACUGUUGAUAGAACAUUUAAUUAAGGACGCGGAAACUGGGAAACAAGCAAGUCCAGACACAAAGUCUCACCAGGUAGGAAAAAGGAUCAAGUUGUUAAAUUGGGACAACAAAGAAGACCGAGGUUUGAUUGAUUAUAUUCUACAAACUAAAGAGUUGGCAAUGUUAUCAGAAUUGAACAAGCUCGUCUUUCACACGGACUUACAGAGUGAUCAUAGAAGCCAUACAUCAUUGACAAACAUGAGCAGUAUCUUAGCCAUGUCGAAACCUGGAUCAGUGAGUGGUGGUGGCGCAGGUGAAUUGUCAGCAAUUGAGGAGAAUAGUGGUGGUGGCACACAAGAAAACCAUAUUAAUAAACCUAGUGGUGAUGACCAAUCAACACGAAAAUCUUUGGCAUUAAACCAGACAGUUUCCAAAUUCUCAAUCAAACCUUGUUUUGAUGACUAUAAAACCAAAGUCAUUGCAGCACAAGGUGUUGCUAAAACUGAAAAGAGUAAAGAACAUUGUAAGAUCCAAGGAGUUAUACUCACAAAUGAUUUACAACGGAAAUCUUACUAUGUAUUGUGGAACGUAUUAAAAGGAGAGUUUUUCAUAACGGGAAUGGGAGAGAUUCUGUACGAAAACGUGUUACCAGGCACCUUUCGCCGAAGAGGCUCAUCGUUUACAGGAUUGAAUGACCUUGGUGGAUUUAAUUUUCAAGAUUUAGAUAUCUUGAUCAGCGCUGCAGUAUACAAUGCCAAGAAUCGAAGUUCCGUUUUCAAGGAAGUAUUUGUUGCCACUACGGAUUUGCCAAGCGAGGUGCCCGACCCUGUGCUUUACGAUUUUUUCUUGAAUUAUUUGCCAAUGUCUUCAUAUGCAUCAGAGGAACACCGUUUAAAGAAGGAGGAUGAAAGAGCAAAGGGAGAAGAAAAGAAUAAAGUAGAGUUCAUCAUUAAUGGGGCUGAAAGAGUUGGUGUUUUGCCAAUGGUUCGUCAAUUUGGAAAUGCAAGCCCAGAAUUUGAAUUGGACUGGUUAGAGAAUGGUAUGUGGUGUUGGGGUUAG